CAAAUUCUGACAUAAAUGAAACCUGCCCGAAUCCGACCGUUAGUGACGCCGCAGUCAGACAAGAGGUGUCCUUCCUGCUGCUCUACGGGGCCGUUUACCUGCUUAGAACUCACCGAUAGAACACAUCAGAGACGAUGGCUGAAGGCGAUAACAAAAGCGCAAAUCUGCUGGCCCAGGAGACGGCCCAGCUGGAGGAGCAGCUGCAGGGCUGGGGAGAGGUGAUCCUGGCCGGAGAUCGGGUUGUACGCUGGGAGAAGCCGUGGUUCCCAGGAGCGCUGAUGGCUUCCACCACCCUUCUCUUUAUGCUGAUUUACUACCUGGACCCGUCCGUGCUGACUGGACUCUCCUGCGCGGUCAUGCUGCUCUGCCUAGCCGACUACCUGGUGCCCACCCUCGCUCCCAGAGUCUUCGGCUCCAACAAGUGGACCACCGAGCAGCAGCAGCGCUUCCAUGAGAUCUGCAGUAACCUGGUGAAGACACAGCGUCGCAUCGUGGGCUGGUGGAAGCGUCUCGGAGCCCUGAAGGAGGAGAAGCCCAAAAUGUACUUUACUUCAGUGAUCAGCAGCCUGCUGGCAGUGGCCUGGAUUGGACAGCAGGUGCACAACCUGUUCCUCACCUACCUGAUCGUGAGCUUCCUUCUGCUGCUGCCCGGCCUCAACCAGCACGGCGUCAUCUCAAAGUACGCCUCCAUGGCCAAGAGGGAGAUCAACAAGCUGCUCAAACAGAAGGAGAAGAAGAACGAGUAGAGGGACGUGUGGAGGCUCAGCAGCGAUGAAGGGGGGGGGUGUUUUGAAGAAACUGAGAGCAGAGCCCAAAGAAAAGCCUCCUGCUCCUCGGUCUCUGGGACGCACCUUUUUAUUUCCUCACACAUUGGAUAAGUUUCAUUUCUCUGGAACCUCACCACCCCAUUUGUUCUUUGAAUUUACCCACCACGCAUGCAUGCCAUGAAGGGUAUCUUAAUAUUGUCACAGCACUGAGACACACACACACACACACACACACACAGAGGCUAAAGCUCCGGUCUGUUUCUUAUGUUGAGUCUGCUUCAUUUUAAGGUGUCAGUAAUGCUUUUAAGCCAUUCCCUCUACUUGGACAAAGUUACUACUGAGAUGUUGUAGCAUUACUGCAUCAUUUUAACCCUCAUAGAUUCCUCACAGUAUUUUAUUUUCCAGAAGUUUUGUCUCUUAUGGACAGGUCAUGUGAAUUGUCCAGUUUUUGCUUAUUCUGCUUUGGUUGUGUUUAAAGAUCAAAUUGCUGACAUGAAACUGGAUUUAAAGAGUUGUUUCUAGAUGGAAGCUGCUGGCUCCUCUACAAACUGGUGUAAAUAGACCCAUCUGUCCUUCUCUUAUUUAUGUUUACUCUCCUUUCUUCUACGUUAACGUCUUUCAACUCAUUACAUUUUUUUGUCUUGAUUGGAGUUCUUUUCAAAAUGAAUAAAGAUGCUUUAAAUGAC